AUGUGCACCGUGGAGAAACUGCUGAUCAAGGGAGUGCGCAGCUUCUCUCCUGACAACCAAAACGUCAUUGAGUUCUACCGCCCCCUCACGCUCAUCGUUGGCUCCAAUGGGGCCGGCAAGACGACCAUCAUCGAGUGCCUCAAGCAAGCAUGCACUGGGGAGCUGCCGCCCAACACCAAGAGUGGCCAGUCCUUCAUACAUGACCCCAAGGUGGCAGGCGAGACAGAAGUCAAGGCGCAGAUCAAACUGCGGUUCAGGACGGCCCUAGGGGCCCCGGUGGUGGUGUGCAGAUCUUUCCAGCUGUCCCAGAAGAAGGCUGCCCUCCAAUUCAAGACGUUGGACUCUGUCCUGCAGACCUACAACAAGGACACUGGCUCGAAGCAGGCCAUCACAUACAGAUGCGCAGACAUGGACCGCAUGGUGCCCUCGCUCAUGGGCGUGUCCAAGGCCAUCCUUGAGAAUGUCAUCUUUGUGCACCAGGAGGACAGCAACUGGCCCCUGGCUGAGGGCAAGGUCCUGAAGUCCAAAUUUGACGACAUAUUUGCGGCCACCAAGUACACCAAGGCCCUGGACGCCUUCAGGAAGCUCAAGGCAGAGAAGGCCGCGGAGCUCAAGGACGCCAAGCUCAAGCUUGAGACCCUGAAGACCCAGAAGGACCAGGCGCACAAGCUGAGGGACACAGUAGCGCGCGGCAGGGCCGCCGUGCAGGAGGGGGAGGCCCAGAUCCUGGACCUCCAGAACCGCAUCGAGGCGAUCGUGGCCGACAUGGCGGGGCUUGACUCACAGCUCGAGAAGCUGCAGGGCAUCAACGAGCAGCAGGCCAAGCUUGAUGCCGCGAUCGGCGUUGUGCAGAAGCAGCACGCAGAGCAGCUGUCCAGGUUGACGGAGGAGUUUGAGGAGACGACCGACCAGCUGGAGGCCUACCUGGAAAACUACGACGCUGAGAUGAGGGCCAAGCAGGCAGAGGCGGCGGACCUCACCAGACAGGCGGGCAGCAAGCGGCUCGAGGCGGAGGCGCUCAAGGAGCAAUAUUCCAAGGCCUGCAAGCGCCACGGCCGCCUCGCUGCCGAGGCCGAGGCGCACGCAUCUAAUGUCCGCGCGCGGGACGAGCUCGUGCGCGACACGGCCGCGCGGUACGGCAUACCCCUGCACGCGGGCGGGCCGUCCUCCGCAGGGGCCGGCGGCCAGGCGGCGCCGCUGCCGCCGAGCGCGGUGGAGGCGUUCAGCGCUGAGCUGGCGUCGCGUGCGGCGGAGCUGCAGCGCCAGCUCAGCGAGGCCAAGGCGGCCAACAGGCGCCAGGACGAGGCCCUCACAUCGGCUGUGGACCGCGCCAACGCCGCCCUCAGCCGCGCGGCGGAGACCAAGCGCAUGAAGCAGGAGCAGCAGCUGCAGCUGCAGCGCGACGCGGAGGCGGUCGCGGCCGAGAUCUCCCAGUGCCAAGUGAACGAGGGGUCCAUCGGGGACGCGGCGGGGCAGGCCGAGGCGGCGGGGCAGCUGCUGGAGACGAAGCAGAGGGAGCUUGAGCAGGCGCGCUACGACGAGACGCUGUCCGCGAUGCGCCAGGAGCUGGAGUCUCUGGGGCGGCGCAUGGCGGAGCUUAGGACUGAACGCGACCGCGCGAGCGCGGCCAGCGACGCGGCCACCACCCUCCGCCUGAAGCGCCAGGAGCUAGCCUCCAAGCGCGCAGAGCUGGCCACGCUGCUGCAGGCCAAGCGGGCGCCGCUGCUGCAGCUGCUGGGGGCCACGCAGCUGCCGCCGCCAAUCAAGGCGGCGGCGGAGGAGGCCCUGUCCAAGCAGCGGGCCGCCCUUGACACGGCCAAGGCGCGGCUGCAGCAGGCAGAGGGGCGCAAGAGGGCGCUGCAGUGA